GUGUGUGCGACACGUGCGUCGUGCACGGCAGAGUCGAGUAUAUAUUUAAAAAUGGCGCUCUUCAGUCGAGCUAACGUGAAUUCGUUUUCGUUAUUAUAUCGCUGCUGCAAAUUUUCGACAGGCAACGUGAAAUUCAAAUCCCAAGAUCGUAUCUUAGUAUCGCCAAAGAUUCAGCAGAAUAAAGCGAGGAAGCAAAAUAACGAGACAGUUGAGUUGGACAAGAGUUCGCCGUUCGACAAAGAAGUUAUUAGGAGAAGGGAUCAAGCAUGUCGAAGUAUAUUAGUGCAAGUACAGUCCACGGAUUCAUACUACGAUCUACAAAAUUACUGCAUUCAGUUUGGAUAUGUUUUGAGUAUGCACCACUAUCAAAUAAGUAAACAACACAAUUAUAUCUUAGUCGAAUUUAAAAAUAUAGAAUCGGUGAAAGAAAUUAUAUCGCAUGCUUCCCUCGUAAACGAAGACGUAAUUGGCUCUGCCAAGUCAUCAGUAUUCUGGUUCCAUAAGAGGAAUCUGGUUACUUCUAAUAAUAAAAAAAGUAAUCAGAGAAAGCUACUAUUUACAGAGAAUGGCUGUGCAUUGCUUACCGAAGAAGACGUAGCAAAGUUGUUGUACAAUGCAAAAUCGAUAUCGGGCCAAAUAAUAGAUCUGUAUGAAAUGCUAAAGUUGGAUGAGUUAGAGACAAGACUGAGAUUUCACACUGCUUGUCACUUAGAACAAUGUUUCUCCGGAUUUUUUCAAAACAUGAGAGUUCUACCAUUCGGCUCCUCUGUAAAUGGUUUUGGAAGGAAAAGGUGUGACGUUGAUUUAGUUAUUGUUCCCGAUGACACUAAGAAAAGCCAAAAAUAUUUACAGCUUAGUGCAACGAAUAGACUAGUGUUUCAUACGAAGCCCCUGAAACGCGAUGAAAAGCAUGAGAUAAAGGAAUUCCUAGGUGCAAUUGCAAACGCUAUGCACUAUUUUGUCCCUGGUACUCGCAGUGUACGAAAAAUCCUGGAAGCCCGAGUACCUAUAAUAAAAUUCAAUUAUGAAUACACACAUCUCGAGUGUGACUUAAGUACGACAAACAUGUCUGCUGUGUACAUGUCCGAAUUGUUAUAUUUAUAUGGGGAAAUAGAUUGGCGAGUGAGACCGCUCGUUAUGGCAAUACGACAGUGGGCGAGGCAUCAGGACGUAACGUCCGAUUCGCCAGGUUUUUGGAUAACAAAUUUUUCUCUCACAUUAAUGGUACUGUUCUAUUUGCAACAGAAGGAUAUAUUGCCGUCUUUAAAUACGUUAAGAUUACACGCAACGCAUAAUGAUAUUCGUUACACAAAAAAUGGCAUCGACUGUACCUUUUUGCGGGAUAUCAAAAACCUACCACACAGAUAUACGUAUCAACUGAACCAAAGUAGCCUGGAAGAGCUGUUUUACGGCUUUUUUGAGUAUUAUUCGCAGUUCGAUUUCCAGAAAAAAGGAAUAUGUAUUCGCGAGGGCGUGCCGAUCCGAAAACCGUCUCACGCAGCACUCUACAUCACCAAUCCUCUAGAAACAACGUUGAACGUCAGCAGGAAUGUGGACAUUCGUGAAGUGAAUCAUAUAAUACAGAAAGCAUACGAUGCUAUCUAUGCAUUGGAGACCACCAACAAGUCUGUAACUAGCUGUUGGGGCUUCAUGGCUCUACUGAAUAUGAAAACUGACAGUAAUAUAAAGGGCAGUAAAAUGAAAGAAGAGAUCCAGAAUUUUUCGAGAGACGAUCAUUCCUACGAAGAUACCGAUAAAUACGAAGUCAAUGGAAUCGACAGCGCUCGAUCAGAAGUUCAAGAGAAGGAAACGAAAGAAAUAGUAUGACACUCGAGCGAGUAGUGACGAUGUAUAUACAGUCUAUCUUCUGAGAUAUACAUAUGUUAUACGUGUGUUCCUGCAAACAGAGACACACGUGCAAAAUGUUUGUAAUAAUUUUCUGUAUUGGUGAUAAUACAGGAGAGAAAUUUUAUUAUGACAGGAACGAGAAUGGAGAAAAUACUUUUCCCCCGCGGAUGUAUAAUAAGAACGUAUAUCAAUCGCGUGCAUCGAUACGAAAUUGAUACUUACCGACUGCGAAUUACCACUAGCGAUUGGCAGAUUGAUUUUGAGAGAUUGUUUUCGCUAUCAUGGUCUGAACAUUUUUAAACAUUGUUAACUAGAGGUUUUUUUUGUAUUUCGUGACUUUGCCAAAAUUGCGAAUGAGCUGUAAGAUUCAACGCAGUAGGAUGUCAUAUUUUAUAUAUGUACGUACAACCAAAAGAAACUGAACAACUGUUGUUGAAAAAUUAAAAUUAAUAACGAAA